UCGAUGAAAAUGGAAAGUUAAUUUGGUGAAGUCCCGACUCGGCUCCAUCCAUCCGCACCAACCGAAUAAACCAGAAAAGUUAUCCGGUUCAUGUGUUCGAGCCGCAAUCAUGGACGGGUUGAACCGGACAUGGUCCAAAAUAAUAAAAUCCGCCGUCGUUCGCCCAGUUCCUCCCUAAUUCCAACUACCCUCUCCCCCCUCGCUGUCCAAGUUACGAUGAGCUUCUCCGCCGCAACCCAAACCACCGACUCGCCGCCGAUGCCAUGCUGCCGACUCCGAACCGGACCUGCCUCUUCCUUCUAACCUUCCUCCUCCUCUGCUCCUCCUCCAUCCUCGCCUCUCCCUUCUCCACUUUCGCCGUCUCCCAACGGGGCCCUAAUUAUACGCUCGUCUGCGCCCUCGUCCCCUCCGCCCUACCCCACCGCUACGAUCUCAACUGCAACAGCGCUUCCACGCGUGACGUGCUCUGCUACCCCGCCGGCGAGAUCCCUUAUGCGGCUGUCGCCGCUGGCAAUGACUUUCUCUGCGGCCUCACCAUCCCGUCCGACAACUCCAACGCCACCAUGCGCUGGUGGACCUUUCCCGAGCAUGGCUACGAGACCUACGAGAAGCGGAUCUACUGGGGUCCGCCCCUCGCGGCCCUCGCAUCCGGCGAUACCCACGUCUGUGGCCUGACGGACGGAGGGCCGGAAUGCUGGCGGUGGGAGGAGAUGGUAUUCCCUCGCGGGAUUAACUUCUCUGACAUCGCUGUGGGGCGGAACUUCGUCUGUGGGCGGCUGAGAUCCGGCACCAUCCGGUGCUUCGGGAGCGACCGGGAGGUCGUCGAGAAGACGCCGGUUGGUAACUUCAGUUUGCUUGCUGCCGGGACCCGGCACGCCUGUGCGGAGUCAGUUGCUGGACAGCUGACUUGCUGGGGCGCCGGGGCGCCGGCGGUGGAGCCGGAUCUAUCCGGCAUCGUGUCCAUGGCAUUGGGUGAGAACAAGACCUGCGCGCUGUGUUCCAAUGGAACGGUUCUGUGCUGGGGGGAGGGCUCACGGCCGCCAGAUAGCCUCGCUAGGGAGCGGUUUGUUGGGAUCCAGGCGAGGGGCGACGCCAUCUGCGGCAUUUUGUUGCUCAAUUUCUCCGUGGUUUGUUGGGGGAACGAGCUGUUCCUGCAGAACCACACGAUCUAUACAAGUGUCUUGCCGGGGACGUGUUCUCCGAUCUCGAGCUGCGGCAGCUGCGGGGUGCUGCCAGGCUCCGGUAACAUGUGUUCAUCGGACGAGGGCAUCUGCCAAUCGUGCCGGCUCCAGCUCAGUUCCAAUUCUACGCCGCCAUCUCAGCAAAGCGGUGGUGGUCGCACAAGGAAGACACUUUUUGCGGUUCUUGGAUCCGGAUUCAGUUUGGGAUUGUUAGCCUUGAUGUGCUUUCUGGCCUCUCGUGCUCUCAGGCUGCGGAACAAUGGCGGAGUACUGGGUUCGGUGUGGUUGUACCGGCGGAGCCAGCCAUUGGGGUUGCCGGAUUUGUCUCUUGACGGUCGGCUUGGUGGCGGGACUGUCGAGGAGUUCUCUCUAGAGUUCCUGUUCAUGAUCACUGACAAUUUUUCGGAGACGCACGAGAUCGGCUCUGGAAGCUUCGGCGCGGUCUACCGUGCGACGCUGCCGGACGGACGUGAAGUCGCGAUUAAGCGGGCAGACGUUCCGCCGUCCGCGCCGCCGUCCACAUCCCGACGACACGAGCAACUCCGAAAAUUCGACCGGGAGCAACGGGAGCAAGCAUUCUGCUCUGAGCUGGCUGUGCUCUCGCGCAUCAACCACAAGAAUCUGGUCCGCCUUCUGGGCUUCUGCCGGGAGCGCGGUGAGCGUGUGCUAGUGUACGAGUACAUGACCCACGGCACCCUGCACGACAACCUUCACAGGUGUCCCAUGGUCCCGUCGUCGCCGCUGAGUUCGUGGACUACGCGGCUUCGCCUGGCGCUCGACGCGGCCCGAGGAAUCGAAUAUCUGCAUGCCUACGCGGUGCCGCCCAUCAUCCACCGGGACAUCAAGUCCUCCAACAUUCUGCUCGACGAGGAGUGGACGGCCAAGGUCGCGGACUUCGGGUUGUCUCUGACAAGCCCCGAGGACGAAGGAAGCAUCGCCGCCGGCACGGUUGGUUACAUGGAUCCCGAAUAUUAUCGUCUGCGGCGACUGACGGAAAAAAGCGACAUUUACAGCUUCGGGGUGGUGCUACUUGAACUGGUCACAGGGUGCAAGGCCAUCCACCGGAGCAUGGAGGUGGAGGGGGAGGACCAGGAGACGGAGGGCAGCUCCACUCCGCGGAACGUGGUAGAGAUGGCCGUGCCGUACAUUGAGGCAGACGAAGUGGCGCGAGUUAUGGAUCGCAGGGUCGCGCCGGCAUCACCGGAGGAAGUAGAGGCGGUGGCGUACGUGGGGUACGUGGCAUCGGAGUGCGUGCGGCCAGAGGGGCAGGACCGGCCAACCAUGGGGGAGGUGGUCGGGGCGCUGGAGAGAGCCUAUGCGGCCUGCGCAGGCGCCGCCGCCGCUCGUACGGAAACCACCGCCGGACGCAGGGUCUUGUCGCGCGCGCCAAGUUUCAUGCCGUCCACUGUCAUCGGAAGAAAGCUACGUUGGAGAAAUUCUUGGCUGAGUAUUGAUCCCGAGGAUUACAAUCUUAUCUCAUCCCGAGGGCAACUUAAAACAAAAAAACAACGAACGAGGAAAGGAGUUGAGAUCCUCACAAACCUUUGUCCUUAUGUUCUUCCGUGGAUUAGACAAGUUAAAUUAUAUUUCAAGAAUAUAGUGUAUAUCAUGAAGAUGUCAUAACCGACGAGGAAUUAUAGGAACACGUUAUUUUUAGGACAAAGGAUCUCUAUUACGAGGAAAGGGGAUUAGAAAGAAAAUUAUCGGGCAUAGGUUGAUGGAAUGAAAGGGAUAAUACUAUAGUAAUUAUAGUUAUUGGUAGGGAACAUAAUAAAUGGAGAUUCGAUCUCUUGAUCCAUAAAUCAAAAAAUAAAUUAUUUAUAAUUAUGGUUGGAUUGUGGUCGUAAUUUGAUCAUAAUUAGUUGUGAUCUCUUUUUGUAUUCAUCGUCCCCUAAGUUAUAGUUUGGAUCUGAAUGGGUAGCUGGAGGUCGUCGACAGUGGAUAAGUGAUUAGGUUGUCAAGUGUCGGUCACAUGUUCCGAUCCAAAUUAUAAUUUGAGAGGAUGAUUAAUCUAAAGAGAAUCAUAAUUAAUUACGAUUAAAUUAUAAUUACGAUCGUAAUUAUAAAUAAUUUAUCCAUCCGUUUAUUUUUUUUUACU